CCAUUGAAAUCAUUGAAUACUUUGAAUAGGUUCUCAGAAAUUCACAUUUAGUGUUUUGUUAUAAUUAUAAUAACUAAGCAAUUUCAGUACGCGAGUCCAGCUUAACUAGACACAAUCCUGAUUAUUUUUUCAAUGUAAUGUAACGAAAAGGUAAUAGAAGAAAAUACAGACUACUAUUCACUAGUCAUGGCAUCUAAUCAGGUAGACUACAAAAGUCUCUUUGAUAAGUUCCAAACACAUUUAGAAAAUGCCAUUGCUGGUGCAAAGAAGGCUCAGCCACCCAAAAACACAGACUCAAAUCCUGGGACGUCUAGUGAUAUAAGAAAUAAGAAUGUUGAUAACACAAGGGUAGCACCAACAGUGACAACUAAAAGAUCAUGUGAAUAUACUGUACAGCAACAGCAUCACGCAGAUUUAAAAAGACCGAAAAGAAUGUCUAUAAAUGACACAAUUGAAUUAAAAUUCAGAUGCAGUUUUUGCUCCGCAAGAUUUUCUUCACUAACAAUGGUCAGAGACCAUACCAGAGCGUGCCAUAGAGAAGAAAAUUUAAGGAGAAGAGAAGUAAAAAAUACUAAAGUUAUAUCUGUAGUAGGUAAUAGUAAUACUGGCACACAAAAUCAAAACAUGGAGAAUAAAUCAACGUUUUUGUUCAGAUGCGUAGCUUGUAAAUUUGCUAGUGUUUCUUAUAACCAUAUGAUUGAACAUUGCCAAUACCAUGUAACCAAAUCUGAAAACCCAGAGGUAAUUGUGUCUAGAAGCUCAACAAGGAAAUGUGUUAUAUCUGAUGAGGAGUUUGAUGUUGAUUUUGAGACAUACAGCGAAUCAAAGGAUGGUUCAAAUUAUAAUUAUACAUCUAUAUAUUGUGAUUAUAAUCUUUUGAGACAGGAUAAAUGGCCAGCCGUUGUAGAUAAUAUACCAAAAGCAGAUAUCGACAAGAUAAACUGUGGCAGUAUAUAUUACUUCACCCGAAUUAUUCGUUUGACGUCUCGGAAAAAGGCUUCAUCAGCCCCAUUUAUGGUAUUUUUAUGUGAGAAAUGUCAGAAACAUAUUGAUCCACAUUCCGUACUCGCACAUGUUGUAGAAAACUCGUGUUACCAAGACCUUCCUGAAUACCCUUGUUAUGAUUGUAAGAGACCAUUUCUAGACGAGAAUACAAUGUACCUGCACUACAAGAUGCAUCCAGCAGCGGUCAGUUCUAACAUGAAAUUCAGGACAGUCUUUUUCAAUCAUAAAGAUGAUGAUUUCUUUAAUGCACUUUUACUAAAAGCUGCUGGGGUUAUAAUGAAAAAUGUACAAAAUAGGAAAAAGAAUGUACAAACAAGACUAUCCAAUGAUACUGCUCAGAUUCAAGUUAAAAACAGCCCUGCCACAAACACUCUAAAAGGUAUUGAACAUAGCCCACAAAAAGGAGCAAGUCGAUCAAACCUUGUACAAUCAAUAUUAUCAUUUGAUGUGGCAAAGACACAAAUUCAAGUAAAAAUCAGCCCACAAGGUAAGGAUAUUCAAAGACCUACUGAACUCACCCCACAAAAUGUACCAAAUUGGUCAAAAUUUGUACACCCAAAACUGUCAUCUGGUGUAACAAAGAAACAAAUUCAAAUAAAAACCUCCCCAGCAAAGGAUACUGGUAGGAGUACUGAGAUUACUCCACAAAAUACACCAAAAGUGUCACAACUACAAAAAUUACUAACAUCUGGUGCUAAGGAACCGAUUCAAUUGAAGAUUGUCCUUGAAAAACAUGAUGCUCGAUCAAUGAUCAUCCCAGGAACUAAAACAACUCCUGAAAGCAAAACUGUGUCACCUGAAAUCACUAAAAAUAUUGCAGAAAAUACAAAUAAGACAAUAACUGUUUAUAAAUGCCAAUGUGAAUUAUCCUUCCAUGAAUUGGAUUUUCUUUCCAGACAUCUGGAGAAAUGUCCUUUAGAUAAGACUGCUAGCAUAUUGUGUGCUUGUGGGUUACUUUUUGAUGAAAAACAAUAUCAAGUCCAUUGUGGUAUACAUAGCCAAGGUAUAACGGAACUGAAUGUUAAGAGAAUUACCAUGCGUGAUGACAAAAUAAACAUUAACGGUAAGUGUGAUGAGAAGAAAAUAAUAGGCAUUAAUAACAGAACGAAUAAGAGAGAUUUAGACCACAAUCAAUUAUGUAAAAAAGCAAUUUCGCAACUUGUAGAUACAAUACAAAAUGUAACUUCAAGUUUGCCACAUAUAAAACGGGAGAUAUUUGAUGAUGAUGAAAUACAGUGUGUUGGUUCAAGGAAAGAUGUAAUCAAAGCCCUGAAAGAUCAAGGAACAAUGACUGAAAGGGACCCUACAAUUGGAAAUGAAGUGACGCAAGUAAAUAGAAAGUCUGUUGGUACAGGAACAGAGGAUUUCAAUAUAAUGAUGUUUGAAUCUCAAGGAACAAUGAGUAUGAUAGAAGAUCUAACUGUUUAUGAAAAUAAUGAAAUAGCUAACAGAAAACAAACCAGUGAUAUUAAGUCACUGUGUCCAGUGGCUAACGAUUUAAAUAAACCCAUCAUCAAAAUUCAAGGAACAAUACCUAGAAGAGUGUCACUAAGUAGUCGGGAAGUAAAUAAAGAACUUAUUAAUACUAUGCAAGCUAGCGGUACAAAGUUAGCAAAUUUAGUACCAGAUACUUUAAAUGAAUUGAUUAGGAUAUCUUAUGGUAACAUAGCCGUUGUUGCACCAGAAAUACAAACUUCUUAUGAAGUUAAUAAAGACAAAAGUAAUGAAAAAGAUGGCAAAACAAUGGUACUUCCUUCAGAAGCAGCUGAUGUAAAACAUUUAAAAUCCCUGACAAUGAUGACUAAGGAAGAUGUGCAAGAUAUAACAAAAAUAGUAAGCAAUAAUGGUGUUGAACCUAGCAUUGUGGAAAAAGAGCUAGAUGAUGUAAGCAGUAAAUUUGAUAAACCAAUUGAAAGCCUAAAUUGUGGUACAGAGAAUAAAGAAGGAAAUCAGUCUACAAUUGAAAUUACAAUAGAAGCAGAAACGCAAGAAAAUGAUAUCGACAAAGCCAAAGAUAAUCAUAAUACUGAAUCCACUGGUAAUAUUUGUGAGACGAAAACAAAUGUUACUGAGCAAAAUACAAGUAUUAAUGAUGCAAAACAUGAAGAUCAGAGAAAAAUAGUGGCUAAAGUUUGUGAUCAAACACAAAAGUCACUCGACAUGAAUGAAAGAGAUGACACACUUGAAACACUGAUUGAAAAAGACAAGGCGAAUGAGAAAACUAGUGUGACAAAUGAAUCUGAAAAAAAUAAUGUGAUUGAUUCUGAACAAGUCAGUACUGAUAGUAAGAUUUAUACUGAAGAUGAGCUGUUGAAUGUCCCAGAAAAUACUGAAAUGCCUAAUAUAUGUGAUAUUCACGAUGAAGAUCCAAUACUAUUAUAUGAGGAAGAUGAUAUUGAUGAUGCAGAUUAAAGAAAACCUAGCAAUCGGGAUUAUUUGCUGAUUGCCUAAGCACUCCUGACAGUGGAGAUGUAUAUAAAAGAGGCGCGAUCCUAGCACUAGCACACAGUCUAAGCUUGUGUAGGUGAACGCGUACUAUGAUUGUAUGAGUGAAAUAUGACAGCUCAAGUGUUCGCGUUUUUGACAGGCGGUAAGUGUGAGGUAACCGAGAUGGGGAGGGCGGCGCUUUCAGUGGGGAGCGGUAGUGGCCAUACUGUACGAUGGGACUCUUUACUAUAUCGUGCCUUAGGCAUAUAAAUAAGAAAAAAUGAAUCGAAAAAUACCUAAAAUCAUGUUUAGUUGGAAUUAGAAUGGUGUACCAAACACUUGCAAGUCAGGCGAAAUCUUUAAUUUAAUUUUAAAAUUUUGUGUCACAUGCAGAUAUUUCUGUUUCUUAGAAAAUAUUGUUAAGUCUCCGCCACUCAGGAGCGUUUUGAGAGCGUGGCGCAAUGAGAACUGACCGCGUUAUUCCCGUCCGCAAUGUGAAUUUGUCAUUUAAUUUUUCGCAUGUCUCUUGUGAGUUGAAAUGACUUUACUGUUGAAAUACUUGAAAUUACUUGAGGCUUUAAGACCGUCGCGUAUUAUUAUAGAUUUGGUAAUCGAAACAAUUAUAAGGUAGUCUUUUUAGGGUUCCGUAGUCAACUAGGAACCCUUAUAGUUUCGCCAUGUCUGUCAGUCCGUCCGUCCAUCCGUCCGUCCGCGGAUAAUCUCAGUAACCGUAAGCACUAGAAAGCUGAA